CAACUGAACCUGGAAAAUUGAAAUCAACCGUAGCUACAUAUCAGAACGAAGUCCAGAGUUAUGACUUGCGAAACUACAGACAGUUACGCCUUCAAAAAUGCACUCGGAGAAUGCCGAGUGAUUGAAGAAAAGACGUCCUACUUAGAAAUCUUUUCUUAUUCGGAUUCUAGGCUCAACUCAAUUGACCAAAACCCUCUCCCUAUGAGCGAAUUUAACAAUUUCCUGCACAGACAGAAUGCCUUCGCGCCGGCCAUUCUGCCAGACGACGUAUACCUCGUCACCGGGCUGCGAUUAAUACUCCAAGAGAAUGCCCAACACAAGGACACGUUUGCACCUCGGUGCAUCAGCAUGCCACGUGAAAAUUAUUCUGCAAUGGUUCAGGCUCUACACCUCCCUGAGAUGGCCAUUGAAACAUCGAGUGUUGUCGGCCCAUUCUUCUGGAGUACUGUGGAUCGUGAUGAUAAUAGCAGCACCCGAUUGCAUAUCAUAUUUCGUAAGAGUGAUGUUCGGCAACGGGGCAAGACAAGGGGUUGGGAACUCACGUUGAGCCAUGAGCUCAGCACAGGCAUCACGACCGGCUUUUACAAGGGUACUCCUACAUCCAGCAUCUCAGAAUCCAUCAAGCAGCUCAAGGCUUGCACCACGGAAAUAGGGCAUGCAAUGCUUCUCCCAUUCAUUAUUUUCAGUCACGAAUCUUUGUUGACCUCCGAAAUUAGGCAGCGCGACGCGCGAAACUGGGCGAGAAAACUUGAGAACGCUAUCUCCAUGCACGAUGAAAUACUUAGAGACGAAGGAUACUUGGAUAGCGAGGGUGGCAUAGACCUUGCCAGUGUCCACAGUGACCUGGUGGAGUGUCAGGCGCAGGUGCUGUGGCAGCCUCCAGCCUCUUACAUUGCCAUCAUUGACUAUUUAGAGGAAGCAGGGCAGCGUUUCAUUCACACACUCCCUGAGUCGAGGAAAACCCCUGCGGUGGAAAAGUUCCAAAUGCGAAUGAUUGCGAGGCUAGAGCUCUACAAGAAGAGGUGGGCGGGGAAACAAAGGUACGCCCAUACGACUAUACAGAGGCUCGAGAUACAACGCAGCGCCUUGUCCAACAUUAUGUCUCAAAGGGAGAGCAGCUUAAACCUUCAGAUUGCUUCCGACUCCAAAAAGUUCGCCCACACGAGCGGACGCGAAUCCAAAUCCAUGAAGGGGAUAUCACUCCUUGGUACCAUUUUCCUUCCUGGGACAUUUCUAGCAUCCAUCUUUUCAACAACGUUUUUCGACUUUGGGAAUGCCACAGAAAUGACUGCUGUGGUUUCUCCUAAAUUUUGGUUAUACUGGGUUAUCAACAUUCCGUUUACUUUAGUUGUUGUCGGCCUGUUCCUUCUGUGGCAAAGAAGACGACUACGGGCAUAUAUGCGAGAGGACAAACAAUUAGAGCAAGAUAUUGAGUCAAUGGAGCAGAACAUCAUAGAUUCCUUAAGAAAGCGGACGAUGUCUAAAACUCACACCUGGGUUGAAAGUAAUGAAAGAAAGGCUGGGCUUGCAGCUGAUGAGGAAAAUGGCCAUGGAGGUUUCAAAGAGCCUGCAGUUACUGCUGUUAUAUCCUCAAAUACAUUAGCAGUCCCUAGUGUAAAUAUUAGUUAA